AUGGCGGCUCAAACACCAGCCGUUGUCAUGGACAACGGCACAGGCUACUCCAAGCUUGGAUUCGCCGGAAACGACUCUCCAUCUUUUGUCUUCCCUACUGCGAUAGCUACAAAAUCUGGCGCGGGAAGUGCUCCUGGGGCGGGCUCUGGUCGGCCGCCGGUUGCAAACAAGCCCUCCUUCUUGACCGGGGGGGCGGGGCCAACAUCUUCGCUGGCUUCAAAGCGUGGCACCGAAGAUCUGGACUACUUCAUUGGUGAUGAGGCCCUUUCCGCGAGUUCCGGUCCAGGUUACGGCAUUCACUACCCUAUCAGACACGGACAGAUUGAGAAUUGGGAUCACAUGGAGAGGUUCUGGUCCAACUCCAUCUUUAAGUACCUAAGGGUCGAGCCGGAGGACCAUUACUUCCUAUUAACAGAACCACCAUUGAACCCGCCAGAGAACCGAGAAAACACUGCCGAGAUCUUCUUCGAGUCCUUCAAUUGUGCAGGCCUAUAUAUCGCCGUUCAGGCUGUCCUUGCCCUUGCAGCUUCCUGGACAUCGUCAAAGGUCACAGAUAGGUCACUUACCGGUACGGUUAUUGACUCUGGUGAUGGUGUAACGCACGUCAUCCCCGUGGCGGAGGGAUAUGUUAUCGGCUCUUCGAUCAAGAGUAUCCCAAUUGCCGGUCGAGAUAUCACCUACUUCGUUCAGAACCUUUUGCGCGAUCGACAUGAGGCAGACAGCUCGCUGAAAACUGCAGAGAAGAUCAAGGAGGAAUACUGCUAUGUUUGUCCUGAUAUCGUCAAAGAGUUCGCGCGAUACGACAGAGAACCAGACCGAUUCCUCAAGCACACAGUCACAUCUCCCAAUGGAAGGACCGUCUCUAUAGACGUUGGCUACGAACGAUUCCUGGCACCGGAGAUUUUCUUCAACCCCGAGAUUUACUCUUCCGAUUUCCUCACACCGCUACCAACUGUUGUCGAUGGUGUUAUCCAAUCCUCUCCCAUCGACGUCCGACGUGGGCUUUACAAAAACAUAGUUCUUUCUGGUGGCUCUACCCUAUACAAAGAUUUUGGUCGCCGAUUACAGCGUGACAUUAGGCACCUCGUGGAUGCGAGAAUCCGUGCCUCUGAGGCUCGGAGCGGAGGAGCCAGGAGUGGCGGUUUGGAUGUUCAAGUUAUAACCCAUAAAAGACAACGUCAUGGCCCAUGGUUCGGUGGUAGUUUGCUAGGACAAACGCCCGAAUUCCGUAGCUACUGCCAUACCAAGGCUGAAUACGACGAAAUUGGCCCUUCCAUAGUAAGAAGAUUCGCGCUACUUGGAGGGCCCGGAAGCGCAUAA